GGGGCUAAGCGGCCAGGCAUGUUAGGUUGUGUUUGUGUUCUGUGUGCCAUGGACUCAGCCCAGUGAUAUUGACAAUAGAGAGGAAAUUGACAAGAGGGGGGCCCCGUCCUGACCGCCGCCAGCAGCGCUCCGCUCCCUCUGCCCCCCAGGGACAGCCACGGGCCCAGGGAAUGUGACUCCCUUUUCUUGUCGGGGAUUCUCGCGGUGAUUGUGAACGGAAGGAGGAUUAUCCGGGGCUCGCAGGAACAAGCUGCUGCCGGGGGAAGCGCUGAGGCCUAGACUGCGAGCGAAGCCAGCCACAGGGAAGGACGGGAGGGAGGGAGAAGCCUCUGCCAGCGGCGCCGGUUACCAGGAAACCCCCUGCAAAAUCUCUAAUCCCUAUUAAGAGCUCCAAGUAGGGAUAUGUCCUCAGCACCAACCACUCCUCCAUCAGUGGAUAAAGUAGACGGAUUUUCUCGGAAGUCCGUCAGAAAAGCCAGGCAGAAGAGGUCACAGAGCUCUUCACAGUUUAGGUCUCAGGGCAAGCCUAUAGAGUUAACGCCUCUGCCUCUGCUUAAAGACGUCACAACCACAGAGCAGCCCGAACUGUUCCUCAAGAAACUUCAGCAGUGCUGUGUCAUAUUUGAUUUCAUGGAUACACUGUCUGAUCUUAAAAUGAAGGAAUACAAGCGGUCUACUCUGAACGAGCUGGUUGACUACAUCACGAUAAGCAGAGGCUGCCUCACAGAACAGACGUAUCCUGAAGCAGUAAGAAUGGUAUCUUGCAAUAUAUUUAGGACCCUCCCUCCGAGCGACAGCAACGAGUUUGAUCCUGAAGAAGAUGAACCCACCCUCGAGGCGUCGUGGCCGCACUUACAGCUUGUAUAUGAAUUUUUCAUACGAUUUUUGGAAAGCCAAGAAUUUCAGCCCAGUAUUGCCAAAAAGUACAUAGAUCAAAAAUUUGUAUUACAGCUCUUAGAGCUUUUUGACAGUGAAGACCCUCGUGAAAGGGACUACUUAAAAACAGUCUUACACAGAAUUUAUGGCAAAUUUCUUGGGCUUAGAGCGUUUAUUCGAAAACAGAUUAACAAUAUUUUUCUACGAUUUGUUUAUGAAACAGAACACUUUAAUGGUGUAGCAGAACUGCUGGAAAUAUUAGGAAGUAUUAUCAAUGGCUUUGCAUUACCUCUGAAAUCGGAACAUAAACAGUUCCUUGUGAAAGUGCUGAUCCCCCUGCACACGGUCAGGAGCUUAUCCCUCUUCCACGCACAGCUGGCAUAUUGUAUAGUACAGUUCCUGGAAAAAGACCCUUCCCUCACAGAACCAGUCAUUAGAGGAUUGAUGAAGUUCUGGCCAAAAACCUGUAGUCAAAAAGAGGUCAUGUUUCUUGGCGAGUUGGAGGAGAUCUUGGACGUCAUUGAACCAUCACAGUUUGUCAAAAUCCAAGAGCCUUUGUUUAAACAGAUUUCCAAGUGCGUUUCCAGCCCUCAUUUCCAGGUGGCGGAACGAGCGUUAUACUAUUGGAACAAUGAAUAUAUCAUGAGUUUAAUAGAAGAGAACUCAAAUGUCAUCCUUCCCAUCAUGUUUGCAAGCCUGUACAGGAUUUCUAAAGAACACUGGAAUCCGGCGAUCGUCGCUCUCGUCUACAACGUGUUAAAAGCCUUCAUGGAGAUGAACAGCACCUUGUUUGAUGAACUGACAGCCACUUACAAGUCAGAUCGCCAGCGUGAGAAGAAGAAAGAAAAGGAACGCGAAGAACUAUGGAAAAAAUUAGAGGACCUUGAACUUAAGAGAGGUCUUAGGAGCGACGGCAUUAUCCCGACUUAACAAAAGGCAAUGAUUUCAUCCUUAUCCUGUGGAGUCACAUGUAUGUAGUAGAAGAUGGAGCAGCAGUUUUCUGUAUCGUGCAACUUUACAGUAGAUAACAUUUGUUUCCUUAUUACAACAGCACUGUAUAUAACUGUCUAAGAGAAAAAAAGGCAAAAAAAAAAAGCAAAACAAAAAAAAUUCUAUGGACUUUAAUCCAAAGUUUGGACACUAGAUGAACUUCUCAGAACUUUGCAAACAUAAUCAUUUUUCUUUACAUCUUCUCGGAUCUUGAUGAAAAUUUGACAGUGUCAACCCCCCCCCCCCUCCUCCAGUUUUGUCAGGCACUUGAUAUUUAUCGUUGGGCAGAGUAUCGCAGUGUUUCGGAUCCAGGCGCCCCUUAUUCAAUUCAGCUUCUCUUUCUGCUAAACUGUAUAAAUCUAUUUAUAUAGUUAAAAAUGUUAAAAAAAAAAAUAUUAAAAAAAAAGAGGAAAAUUCUGAGUUUGCAGAACACCCUCCUCCUCCUCCUCUGGAUACCAUUUCCCCUUUCUGUAACUGUUAUUUCUUUUUCCUUCGUAAUUUUAAUUUUUUUUUCUAGAGCUCAAUGUCUUAGCAGAACUGUUUCCCUCGCAGCAACGGUUUUGUGAACUGGUGUGUAAUAUACCUAAUUUAUUUAUUUUUUUAAACUAUUGGGCAUGCAUUAGAGCCGUGACAUCCUCCAGCUCGUGGCAUUACACAAAGAGGUUGCAUGCCCAUGCCCUAAUGCAUAUACAUUAGCCCGAAUGAGCAGCAGAGGUUCCCCCCCCCCCAAAAAAAAUUAAGUGUGUGUAUAUGUGUAAUAAUAUAUAUAUAUAUACACACACACACACUAUCCUGUAUGCAUUAUGGCAGCGAUAAGAAGCCUGCAGCACAUCUGCUGUAAAAUGCUGGGGGUUGUAGUUUCACAACAGUGAAAGUCGCAGAUUGCACACAACGUAAUGUAUAACCAAUGGGAAAAAAAACUGCUCUAGAGCUUUUUACAAAAAAAAUUAAAAAUAAUCUGUAAAAGCUCUUCUGCUUCUUUUGACUAUUCUGUACGCAUUAGAGCAGUGAUGUGAAGCCUGCAGCACCUCUGCUGGGGGUUGUAGUUUCACAACACCUGAAGAGGCGCAGAUUGCACACUCUAAUGUAUAACCAGUAGUCAAAAAAAAAAAAAAAAGGUUCCAGAGCUAGUUUAGUAAAAAUUUAAAUAAAACCUGUAAAAGCUCUUGUGCUUAUUUUAACGAUUUGAGCCGUUGUUAGACUACAACCCCCAGCCUUAAGCUGUCCGCGGCCGGAUGUUGGAGCUUUGUAAUAGUACUACCUUAGAGCGUUUUGUGCGUCAUCCUGCGGCUCUCCAGCUGUUGUAGAAUGCUGGGAGUUGCAGGCCACGGCUCUGUAAUGCAUGCGCAAUAGUCAAAAUCUGACCCAGAGCUCUGGAGCCUGUUCUCACUGUCAGUGCAACCUGCGCCCUACGUUACCAUUGAGCUUGCACCCUCUAUAUAUGAAACCCUGACAACCGUGUAAGACCCAAUCAGUAUUAGGUUUGUACCCGCCGCACCCACUGCAACACACAACACAGGGCUGUUUUAGAAUCCUAUAUAAAUAUAUAUAUAUAUAUAUAUUUUAGCCAUUAUUAUCCUACAAAUUUUAUUGGACCAUUUUGAAAUAAAGAUAUAUAUAAAAAAAACUAAAAAAAACACUAAACGGUGAAAACAGGACAAGGUGUUGUUGGAGUGGUACCGAUUGUAUUCACAGACAGAUCCGUUUUCGAGCUCUUUGGAAGUCAUUUGCCUUAUUUUUUAGUAAAUGUGUUUUAUUCAAGUAUUCCAGCAAUAGAGGCUGUAACCCUCUAGGAAACACGCUCACGAGAAGAAAGAGAGAGAGAAAAAGGUCAUGUUGCGGUAUUCUUCUGGACAUUAGAUCUGUACGUCACAGUGCCAGCCCCCUGUCGGGAAGGGAUUUAUUAUUUUUUUUAAAUUUUGCCUGCAACAUCAGUCUGCAUUCUGAACUUGGAUGCUCAUUUCAACUACUGUGUUCACCAUCGAAAGUGGUUCUUCAAAUGCUACUGAAAAAAAACAAAAAAAACAACAAAAAAAAAUGGAAAAAGAAAUUCUGGAAAUUCCUAUUGUCCUGAGUAUUAAUAAAGAUAAAAUGCUUUUAUAUCAAAGGUGCAUUGUGACCAAAUUGUUUAAAACCAAGUGAAGAGUGUUGGCCGCCCGUUGCGCUAGGAACCAACCAAAAGCGGAGUAUUUUGGCAGGAAAUAAAUGUAUUUAGUGUUAAAAGUGUGAAUAUUUAGCGGCAGAGGACUGAUCUGCAUUCUGACAUCAUCCAGGGGCCCAUGGCUAGCAGCGCAGUGUCUUGUAUCUACCUAUACUAGGUAGAUCUUGCUGAAUUAACCUGUCCCCUCUUCUGACAAGUCUGUUUUAGCAACUACUUCCCUAUGUAAUAACAAUUCUGCAGCAUCUUUGCUGUGCUGUUCCUCUAUUAUUCCUGCUAAAGGUACAAAUGGGUAUUACCAUUUGGGAGGUGGGGGGGGUGUCCCUGCGCAUUCUGAUUCUAUCCAGUCAGUGCCAGACUGUGCAGGGGUACACCCCUAAUUGGUAAUGCAUUGUUGGCCUUUUUUUGAAUUAAUUCUAGCAGAAAUAAUUGGUACAAUGUAGUGUCAUAAGAAUAGAUGCCUCAGAAUUGUCAUGUCAUGUGGAAUAGAAUUAGUUACUAAAAGAGGAAUAUUAGGAGAGGUGACAGGUCCUCUUCAAAGGGGUUGUCAGGUCAGUAAAAAUUAUUUUUUUGAAAAGGCUCUGCAUGCUGAGUACCGUUCUGAUCAGUGCUUCUGCUGUCCCCCUGCCAGUCUCUACUUCCUGUCCACGGGGACGUGUGACCGCUGCAGCCAGUCACUGGUUAGUGAUUGACUUAAGUGUCACAUAAUACCGGCAGGGAAUCCCAGAAUUGUCGGAAAGGGAGCAUCACCCUAACCCACUUUUUUUUUCCCAAAUCUUUACUGGCCAGAAAGCCCCUUUAAAACUGGUUUGUCAGUGAUAAACUGCUACUUGUACUCACCACUAUGGAAGAGGUGGUCUCUUCUCCUCCAAAAACUGCACUACCGCCGUCAGUGGGCCAAUUUUGCUGAAUGUGACUGAUCUGCAGUACUACGAAUUACACAUAUUCAAGAGUGGUGCGGUUUCUGGAAAAGGAGACCUUCUAGUUCCUUCAUAAGCUCAUACAACCACUUUACCAUAUGUGUUUAACAUGACGGGUAUUAUUUUUUUAUUUUUCUGUAUGGUGCUGCCCAACAUUGUUCAUCCCAGAGAAAAAACAUUAGGAGAUCAGCUGAGAAACAUGAACACGGCCAGUCCUGUCUUUCUGUGUGUUAACAACCAGCCGUGUCAGUGUCCGCCAUACUCUAGAUACUUGGAAAUAUUGUACUAAGCGGACGGCCACGCUGUAAAAUUUUCUGAUGCAGUUCCGGAAGCCAAAACCAGGAGUGAAUUCCAAAAAGAGAAGUUGUCUCUGUCCUUUCUACAGUCUCUCUUUUUUUUUUUAUGAUUCACUCCUGGUUUUGGCUUCCAAAACUGCAUUAGGAAACGUGACCGUGUUGCCUUCCCCUUAUGGUCUAUGGUCGUCUUUAGGGUUUUUAUUUGCACAUAAAGUGAAAUUGUGGUGGCCGCAUUUUAUCCAGUCUUGAUCAGGGUUCACAGUCGGGUAUGUAAUGUCUUGAGGUGUUCGUUUCAUUGAACCGAGCACAGGACAAACAGUUUUAGUCCUGAUCUUGAGAAUGUUAGUCUUGCACCAUAUUAAAGGAAAAAAAUAUAGUAUUCUGGCCUCAAGAGGACUCUUGAUGCCUGUCUGUUGGGCACCCCCCUGGCUCUUGAUGCCUGUCUGUUGGGCACCCACCUGGCUCUUGAUGCCUGUCUGUUGGGCACCCACCUGACUCGUGAUGCCUGUCUGUUGGGCAUCCACAAGUCUUGUGAUGCUGGUCUAUUGGUUAUCUACAGGACUCAUGAUGCUGGACUCUUGGGCAUUCACUCCUAAUAGGUUCAAUGACUUGGAAGAACAUCAAGGAUUCUGCUCUGAUGGUCCAGUCUGCAGAAUCAUUGCCUUCUCCACCAUGUGUUAGAUCAGCAGUAGACCAGCUCCCAAUGGAAUCUUUCUUCGCAAAUUCUAAGCUUGUCAUGUGCUCGGUUCAAUGAUGUAACUGAAAAUAUCCAUUAAAAUAUAUAAAAAAAUUACCUUAUUUGGAUUGGUCACUCAGGUUUCCGUUAGGGGACGGUGAGUACUGACCAUCCCCUGUUGAUGGAAUUAGUUUGCUGCCCGGUGUGGUGGGCCAUGUUUUUGAACUGAUUAACUCUUCCCUCGAUAUUCACAUGGCAAGAGAUUCAGGGCACCAAAGUCUUCUCCAUAUGUACAUAAAUAUAUUUUGUUAAUACUUGCAUAAUGUUAUAUAGUCGAGGGCUUUUAAUGAAGUAAUGUGUCUAUGGAGAUAGUUAAAGGGGUUGGCCACUUAAUAUUUUUUUUCUCCGAUGUGCUGAAAACAGCACUUUAAGCCAUGGAGUAAAAUAAAAUACAACAAUAAUAUUUGCCGGGCACUUGCUCUAGUUUGCUGUUGCACUGUCCAGAUUUAUUCAAUGGAGGCCGUAGUGGAACGCCUCUGGUCUUGUGCCCGUUUAUUAACAGCUACGUUGGUGCGGCCUGCAGUCCUGGAGCAAACUGUGCUAAAUCAGUAGAUGUCACUUAUCAGAGGACAUACGUUAAUGAUCUAAUAACUGCAUUAGUUAUCCAAUCCCUAAAAUGCCUCCCCAUAUGCCUGGGCCCCUCACAGAGGUUGGCCCUACCUGGCUCCCCAGCAUUCGUGUUGCUUCUGACUCCUGCACGGCCCUUUAAGGUGCUCUUUCCAGCAGCCAACCCCUUUGACAUAUAAGUUUAGCUGAGACAUGAUAAUUCUAUGACCAAUAGGCUUCAAAUUUCUUUUACUAUAGUCAUAGUUAGAACAUGAUGCUUUGUGUAAUUUUGGGCAAUGUUCACAAUUGUACUGUUUUCUUAUUUGUACAAACUGUAAAGGGAUUUUCUGAGAUUCUUAUAUUCAUGUCCUGUUGUCAAGAUAGGCCAUCGGUAUCAGAUCGGGGGGGGGGGGGGCAGACACCUUGCACCCCGGCCGAUCAGCUGUUCGGUAAUAGCUCCAGCUCUGGAAAUAGGCAGCAGAACUACACAACUCUGUCCACGGAGCUGGUGACUGCAGCGCUGCUAUGAUUGAAGCGAAUCUGUCCACUGCACGACGCAUGAAGCCUAUCCUGAGGCCAGGGCAUAAAUAUAAAAAUCCCAGAAUUCUCCUUUUGAGUCUUAUUCUUUUGUAUCAACUCUAGGCUAAAAUUGGAAAAGAAAAAAAUCACUCACCCUUUCUUCCCCUUUGGGAAAGAAAAAGUUUUUGCUUAUCUUUUGGUUCUGUGUUUUGGAUAUCUCUGAAUUCCUCAUGUCAGUCUGCCUUGAAAACAUAAGCAUGUAGUGAUGACGUGAGUCUCCAGUAGUUCUGUGAAGCAAGAUUUGUCUUCCUGCAGCCACCACUAGAGGGAGCUUAAGAGCUUCCUGCAUACUGUCUAUUCAUUGAACUCCAUAAUAACGCAGUAAGUGUCCUCUAGUGGCAGCUGCAGGAAGCAAUCCUGUUAUAUUUUGAAUCUAUGUCUACACAGGAGAGUUGAACCUCAGCCUCUAGCCACUGUUAAGAUAUAUUAAGAAAUUAAUCAACGCAUUAUGAUAUGAGGUGUUCAUUCACUUGAAGGAACCAGGCACCUCAUAGGCAGACUUGCAGAUCUCCAAAAUGCAGACCAGUAGGCAACUACCGCUUCUAGAGUAGGGAACAGACCGAAGUCAAGUGAAGAGCAGGCUUCUCACUUUUUGCUGGGAGUGACCUGUUACUGUUUUACCUUCCCGAUUUGUCACCUGUAACGUUCCGGAUUAUCAGAUCGCACAUUGUAUAAGAUUAUUCUUUAAGGUCAGAAAAGGAAGAUAUUGUGAUCUAUGUUACCUUGUAUAUAUCGCUGUUAUUUCUGAAGAAUCUGCUGUAAAGUGAAAAUGUAUACAUGCACCUAAUGUAUGGCUUAGUCUAUAAUGUCUUUGAAAGAAAAAGUAGACCGUUUUGCUGCCAUAUUGGCGUUGUUCAAAGGUAAAAUGCAAUUUGUUCACUUUUUAUUUGAGCCUCUAUAGAGGUAACUCGAGGACAACCGCUCUGGGGUCGGGUAACCCAUCAACCCAUCUUUGAGGUCCCGUUUUAACACAGGACCUAUGAUAUAUAUGGGUCUAUAAAGGCAAGAUGAGCGUUAAACAAGAUCUAAUUUCUACCAUACCAAAAAGCAAUAUGUUCUGUAUAACAUGCAAGUGUAGAUGUUUAGAGAGAACUUUUAUUUUAUUUUUUCUUAUAAACAUACUCCACAUUAUGGCUAAUUGUCCGUUUAUUGGGACAGUGUCCACAAUCCUGCUGGAAGCUACAGAUUCUGUGCUGAACUGGUCUGCUAAUUCUUCAGGUCCCACUUCUGGGACUGUGUGUUUGUCUUAGUACACUGGACACAUGGCAAACUCUAUCCUCAGAUAUAUGCUCUAAUGUAACAUGGAUUCAGUCUAGACUAGUUUCAUUUUUGAAAUUGGUAAAGUUAGUUGCAUGCGAAAGUGCAUUAGGUGACUAAGGCUGACUAUGCAGUAAAGGUAUCUGGCAGGCUGUUCUAUCAGAGGAACAGCCUGCAGGAGUUCACCGUAUCCAGCUUAGCCGGAUAGGGCCAUGCACCACCAGACUCCAUUGACUAUAAUGGUAUUCUACCGAUUUUCGGCAUGAAUGCCAGGUUUUCGGCCGGAUACCAUUCUGGUCAAUGGGCUGUGGAGGUGAACGGAAGUAUCCGGUCAGGCUGGAUCCAGUGAACUGGCAGGCUGAAUACCUUUACAGCAGUUGUGAAACUCUCAGAGUUUAUGGCAUAGAGCAGGCAUGCUCAACCUGCGGCCCUCCAGCUGUUGUAAAA